CACACACGCCCUUUUUCAGGCGAAGAGGGCACCAGACUUCCUGGUUGGAUGGACCCGAUUUGUUGUCUUCAUUUCCCCGCAGAGCUCCCUGGAUGUGACCGAGUAGGGAAGCUCCGGAGCAGAGCCGUGUUUUAAUAGCGUUUAUUUUUUAGCGAUGAAACAAAUUAAGAAACAAACAGCAGUGUGAAAGAGAGGCGGUUGUGAGGACGGGAGCAGCGCGCGGACAUCGGAGAGGUUAGCUUGGACUGAGCUAGCAAACGCCGCGGCAGAGCGGAGUGCAGACCCCCUGGGUGGCGUCUUUCCACUCUCCGAAACCUCGAAAGAAACGAAAAACUACAAGAAAAAACGGACGGAAUCGGAGAAACCGAGAGUAUGAGACUGGAGCCACAGGCGCUGUAGGAUGAAGAGUCCGGCGCACCGCAGCAGAGACAUCGAGCGGCAAGCCGGCUACCUGAAGCCCGAGCACUGUGCCCCUCCUCCUCCGCGCAGCAGCUCCGGCACCAUGUGGUUCAUUCGUGACAGCUGCGGCAUCGUGUGCGGCAUCAUCACCUGGCUCCUGGUCUUUUAUGCGGAGUUUGUGGUGGUGUUCGUCCUGCUGCUGCCAGCUAAAAACGUGGCCUACAGCUUCUUCAACGGGCUGGUCUUCAAUGGCCUCGCCUUCCUCGCUCUCGCUUCUCACGCCAGAGCGAUGUGCACGGACCCGGGAGCCGUGCCCAAAGGAAAUGCAACCAAAGAAUUCAUUGAAAGCCUGCAGCUCAAACCGGGGCAGGUUGUGUACAAGUGUCCAAAGUGUUGCAGCAUCAAGCCUGACAGAGCGCACCACUGCAGUGUGUGUAAACGCUGCAUCAAAAAGAUGGACCACCACUGUCCCUGGGUCAACAACUGUGUCGGAGAAAACAACCAGAAAUACUUUGUGCUCUUCACAAUGUACAUUGCACUGAUUUCCUUACACGCGUUAAUCAUGGCGGCCUUCCACUUUGUUUUCUGCUUUGAAGAAGACUGGGCAAAGUGCAGUAACUUUUCUCCACCAGCUACAGUCAUCCUCCUCAUCCUCCUCUGCUUCGAGGGUCUGCUCUUCCUCAUCUUCACUGCGGUCAUGUUUGGGACUCAGGUUCACUCCAUCUGUAGUGAUGAGACGGGUAUCGAACAGCUAAAGAAGGAGGAGAGGAGAUGGGCCAAGAGGUCCAAAUGGAUGAACAUGAAGGUGGUGUUCGGCCACCCCUUCUCGAUAGCCUGGCUCAGCCCGUUUGCCACGCCGGACCACGGCAAGGCCGACGUCUACCAGUACAUCGUGUGAAAGCUGAAAACCGCCGCUGACUUGGACUCAUUUUAAAGCGUCUCUUUCUGUCGUCUCCAUCCUGAGAGGUGGAUAUUUCUUGAAGUUUGGAUCUUCUUGGGUGUUCUUUUAGUUUCUGUAAUGUAGCUUUUUGGGUUUUUUUUCCGUUUCCCUUUUGGUGCUGAAUGAGAUUAAUGACAUUUGUCGCAACCAUGAAGCAGCACCGGGAACAAAAAUCAAAUGAAAGAUGAGAAGCACUUGGAGCUCUGUUCGAUGCUGCGUGUCGGACCAUUUCCUCCUUUCUCAGAGUAAAUCAUGUGAACUGAUGACCAGCAUGAUCCAGGUAUCGACUCUUGGAUUCGUCUUCCUGUAAACAAUCCCGCCAUCCACUUAAAUUGCUGUUUCAGUGUCUUUGUGAUAAUCUCCUCCUGAAUGCUGCAGGUGAUUUUUGCCUUAGAACGGUCCUUUAGCAGGCGGCACAUCUGAUAUUUUUGAAGAUAUCUCUAUUUAUUGCCUUAAUGCAGCACUGCAGCUUGUCACUGGUUUACAUUAUUUUUGAAGUGAGAAUGUUGCAGCCUUGUUCAGUGGGUGGAUUUGUUCAGGAGUGUGUUUUUUAUGCUUAUUGUUCUGCAUAAAAGCCACAAAGGUAGAACAAAUCAUGUGUGAUGAGAUUCAGAUUGCUUUCAUAUGUAAAAUGUGGAAGCAACCAUCCUAAAGCUGAAGCAAUAACUCCAGUGAUUGGUUUAAGUUAUUAUCCUUCAUUUUACAUCAUGGUUUGACACGUUAAACACAAAACUUAUGCUUUUUUUAAGCAUAAAAAUCUCCAUAUUUAUUGGCAUACCCAGUAAAGAUGCAUGUGUGAAAUAAAAUAAUCUUUCGGCUUUAGCUUAAUGAAAGUUUUGGCUUUAAUUUCUGAGAUUAUUCUAACCUGUCAGUAUUGACAGAGCUGUUUUAAAUCUUCUAAUUAUUCCUUUAAUCAUAGAUAUGCUCAAGUUUUGACCAGAUGGAUUUUUUUGUUUAACAUGUCUGUCUUAUAAUUAAACUGCAUGUUCUCUUGUGUUUCCCAUUUUUUAGAGAAGCAGAAAAUCUUAACUUUUUUCAGUUGUAAAGAAGGAAAUUAUACAUCUGGAUUUGUUAGGUUUCUCUAUAUCAAUGGCACAAGCAGUAUUAUUUGCUUAUAGGAUUGAAUGGAUAAAUGUACUCAAACUGAAGUUUGAAAUAUAUUUUUUAAUAAGUAUUAAAUCUCUUUUUAUACAUUUACAUGGGCUGCCAAUAAAUUUAGGGGGCACAACAGCUAUGGAAAAAACUGCAAAGUGCUGUGAUUUUAGUAAAUGUAGGUCUGCGUUUUGAGUACAAUUCGCAUGUUUUUGCUUGUUUUUGUUUUGCUUAUUGCCUUGUGGAGAACUGCUUAUGCUUCAAGUUGGAUUUAUCAGCUUUCCACUCGUCGUCUCCACUAACAUUUACAUUUAGAAUAAAAAGCAUCUUCGAAAAGCUGGAAAUCUGGUGGAGACCAAGUUAAACCUGUGCAUGAUGCUUUACAAGAAAAUCCUGUUUGGAUGGGUUCAGGCGAAAUGUUGGAUGGGGAUGAAUUAUAAUCCCAACGAGACUGAAAGGAAGAUGAGCUGCAUAAAAAUACUCUUAGAUUUCUGACUUAUCCUGCUUCAGAGUGUCAUACCUCACUGCUUCUUAUAAUGUCUUUCACAGUCAAAACAAGGGAAAUGUAAAUUCUUUUGGGUUGAAACUACAGCUUGUCACUGAUCCUGUUUGGAAGCAGAUCUCCAGAUUUGUGCAUCAACAUAAUAAAAUGACUAAUAUUUGUAGAAAUGAAAGUUUAAGCUACAUGUUUAAGUUGAAAACUUGUGGAUUGCAGUUUGUAAGAGCAAAAUAAAAAGCAGGAUGAGUUUCCGUAGCAUCUAUAAAAAAUUUUUAAAUGAAAUAUUUUGUAGAUUUUCCAGUCUUUCUCGUCGUUAACUUCAGUUUCUCAGCCAGCAGAUGAACCAGCAUCCUUUUAUUAUCUGCUACUUGUAAAUGAAACACAAGCUGUUGUUGAAAAUGUGAAGGACCGUAAACAUAAUUCAGCUGCUCAGUUCAUGGGGUUCGGUUGUGGGUGAUGUAGUUUGUCAUCGCAGUUCCUCGUGUGCCUGACUGAACCCGGAAAGCAAACGAGGGUCUUUACACGAUCGCAUGUUGAGUCGCGUUUCGAUCAGACCGGAAAAGGCCCGCUGUGACUUUUAGACGAUGUCCUGAGGAAAACAAUCACUUCAUAUUAUUGAACACUAAAAAAAAAAAACGCCUUUGCCUGUGUGUUUUAAAGCCUUACUGUAUUUAAAGACAUCUAAAUGCAGAUAAAAGGAAAUAUUUGAGUGCACAUGAUGCCAAAAUGAGUCUUUAAUGAAGUCGGUUAUUGUGAGAUUGCAGCAUGGUUGUUGUUUCAUGAAAAGGCAUUUAAAUGGAUUUAUUUUUAAAAUCGUCACCGUUAUUUGGAGAUGUAGCAAGUUUGCAACAAUUUUUCUCUUCUUUUUGUUGUCAACCUGCUCUGUAUGUUUCUCUGUUGUCAGGUUUUAAUUUUUUGUUGGCUGAUGUUUUAAAGGGGAAAGUCAAUAAAACAAAUUUCAAAUAAUAUAAGAUUCAUUGCUGUAACAUAAAAACUAUUAGAUAUUUUGUUUUAGGGUUUAUUACAAAAUGUUAAGUUACACAAUUGCAGAUGUUUUUGCUGUAUAGUUAUUAAAGACUUAACUCCUU